UGUUUAUUUCUCGCCGGACUGAUAUGAGACUCACCAACUCCCUCCCCGAUCGCCAUAGCAACCGCCGCAACCGGCCGCCAGAGACCGAUACCUCUCAACAUCACCACCACCAAAACCACCUUCAAACCUCUCAUCUCCAUCUCUCUUCCUUCUCCUCCGACGAUUUCCUCGACCAAAUCCUCUCCUCCAUCCCCCUUCCCUGGGAACUCCCUACCGGUCUUCCAAAUCCACACUCAAACCUCCCUCCUCAGCCACCGCCACUCUCGCAAAAUCCCGACAAUGCCGCUUUUCAGAUCGGCGACACCACUCCAGCCGCCAAAAUAGCCAUGGCCAUGCUUCACCAGCAGUUACUCACCACCGCGGCAGAUUCCAGUCUCCUUACAUUGCCUGGAAACGACGUCGUUGAAGUCGAAGGCUCUCCGUCCUUCAAAUGCCCUAAUCCGAUUAUUGCCGACGGUUCCGUCAAUCCGUCUCUCUUCAACGAAUUCACCGGAUUCCUCAACGCCUCCGGCUCCAGCCAUAGCCAUAACCUGAAUCAAUCUCAGGGAAAUUCAACUUCAACUUCACAGAAACAGAGCUUCGGAGCUCCAGUAUCAGCCAAUACUCCACCUCCGGUAGGGACUGGUUCCGGCGGUGGUGCUAGCGCAGCGGCGCAGCCGCGACAGAGAGUCAGAGCUCGGCGAGGUCAAGCCACGGAUCCUCACAGUAUUGCGGAAAGAUUACGGAGAGAGCGAAUUGCAGAGAGAAUGAAAGCUCUACAAGAACUGGUUCCCAACGCUAACAAGACAGACAAGGCGUCAAUGCUGGAUGAGAUCAUAGACUACGUGAAGUUCCUCCAGCUUCAAGUCAAAGUUCUGAGUAUGAGCAGGCUGGGCGGCGCCACUGCCUCCAUGCCGUCCCAGCUUGUUGCCGACAUGUCCUCCCACUCUGAGGGUGAGAUUGACGGUAACCAGUCCAACGGAACCGGAGGAGCUGCCGGACAGGCGUUCGCCGGAGCUCCGGCAUUUAAUGAAACGAUGGCGGUGACAGAGCAUCAGGUGGUGAAGUUAAUGGAGAAAGACAUGGGCUCCGCCAUGCAGUACUUACAAGGCAAAGGCCUUUGUCUCAUGCCCAUCUCUCUAGCCACCGCUAUCUCCACCGCCACAUGUCACAACCGCCCUGUUACAGCCUCCAGAGGCGGCGGAGAUCGCCCCACCUCAGCCAGCCUGUCGGCGUUGACCGUUCAGUCAACCACCUUGGGUAACGGCACCGUCAAAGAUAAGGCCUCUAUUUCUCGGCCGUGAGAUGACGGUGUUAACGAAAUGUCAACCAAAAUUUUAAAUUACAAAUUUAGUCCCCAUAUUUAAGAAAAAAAGUUAA